AAUACAGAGGUUUUUUUGUGAAGCACAUGAGAACGCACAUGAGAGAGACAACGUCCUCUGUCAGUGACACUCAGACACAUCACAAAACGGCAGAAGCAGAAGACACUAAAGACAAGACUGGAGACUCUUCUGAAUUUAAAAUGGACGUCAGUGAUCAUCGGACCGAACCCAGUGAACUUCAGCCAACUCUUAAAUGUAACAGGGUCCCUGUAAGCGGUAAAAGAAGUACAACUGGAAACAGGAAACAGUUCAGCUGUUCUGAGUGUGGGAAAAGAUUUAGCAACAAGACAAAUCUUAAAAUACAUAUGAUAACUCACUCAACUGACAAACCAACAGUUUGUGGUAGAAGUUUUUCUCAGAAGGGGAACUUAGUUUGUCACAUGCAACGCCACACCGGAGAGAAAAGAUACAACUGUACAGUUUGUGGGAGACGUUUUAAAUUCAAAGAAGAUUUUGGAAGACACAUGAAAAUCCACAAAACAGAGACACUGUCUACUUCCUGUGUUAGUGCCGCAAAAAAGCACCCAGAGGAGAGCUCCAGUCUGAACCAGGAAGAGCCAGAACUUAGGAACCCAGAUCCACAUUUACAACCCGAAGACAAGACUGGAGACUCUUCUAAAGUCAGCAGUGGUUCGAAAGAGAGCCAAGGACGGCAGUUUUGUGUGAUGUCUCGGAAAAAUACUGAAGUCCCAGCGGAGAAAGCACAUAGCUGCUCUUUAUGUGGCAAACGUUUUACCAAUGAGUGUACCCUGAAAGACCACAUGAUACUACACACAGACACGCCGUUCAGCUGCUCCAUUUGUGGAAAAGGUUUUUCUCAGAAGGAGACGCUAGAGCGUCACAUGCCACAUCACACCGGAGAAAACAACUACAGCUGUACAGUUUGUGGGAGACGUUUUAGAUUCCAAGGAGACGUUGGGAGACACAUGGCAGUCCACGCAAAAUACAAACCAACAGAGCAAGUCGGCAAUGAUUCGAUAGAGAGCAGAGAACCACAGUCAGCUUUAAAACAGACAGACGUCCCGGCUGAGGAUCCACUCAGCUGCUCUUUUUGUGGCAAAACCUUUACCCGUAAGUUCUGCCUGAAGGUCCACAUAAGACUACACACGGGAGAGAAACCGUUCAGUUGCUCCGUCUGCGGUAAACGCUUCGUCCAGCGCUACCACUACCUGGAACACACGAGGCUUCACACGGGAGAGGGCACGUUCGACUGCUCUCUGUGCGGGAGAAAGUUCGGACACAUGUUCCGCCUCAGAAACCACAUGACCUCUCACACGGGUGAGAAGCCGUUCAGCUGCUCCGUCUGCGGCAAAGGUUUCAGAUUCAAUGGAGAACUAAAGAGUCACGCGCUGGUUCACUCGGGGGAAAAACCCUUCAGCUGCUCCGUCUGCCUACGAGGUUUCCGUCUUAAGUUCAUGUUAACAAGUCACAUGACAAUCCACAGCGGGGAGCUCCCGUUCAGCUGCUCGUUCUGUGGGAGAAGAUUCCGGCAAAAGGGAAAUCUGAAAACACACAUGAAGAAGCACGAGACGGAAGCAGCUCCGGCUGCAGAGUUAAAGACACCGUUAGCCGGAGCUGAACAACAGAACCACCGACCGGCAGAGUCCAGCUCAGUAAGCCGAGCAGAGGCGGCCCGACCCCGGACACAGCUGCUGCUCUGUGGGGGGGUAGAACCGGAGAUGAAGCCGAGAACAACGACAGAUGUGCAGCAGCUGUUGGUGGUUAAGGAAGAGGGUCCCCCUGAGCAGCAGGAGUGUAGCUCCAGUGUGGACCAGAAGAAGCCAGAGCACCCUCCACACAUUAAAGAGGAACAGGAGGAACUGUGGAGCAGUUGGGAGGGAGAGCAGCUUCAAGGUCUGGAGGAGGCUGAUAUCACCAAGUUCCCAUUCACUCCUGUCCCUGUGAAGAGGGAAGAUGAUGACGCUUCAGAUGUUAAUCAGCUGUUGGUGGUUAAAGUAGAGUUUCCCUGUGAGCAGCAGGAGUGUAGCUCCAGUGUGGACCAGCAGAAGCCAGAAGUCCCCCCACACAUUAAAGAGGAGCAUGAGGAACUGUGGAGCAGUCAGGAGGUAGAGCAGCUUCAAGGACUGGAGGAGAAUGAUGUCACCAAGUUCUCAUUCAUUCCUGUCCCUGUGAAGAGUGAAGAUGAUAAUGAGGAAGUUCAGUCCUCACAGCUUCAUCAGAGACAAACUCAACACAUGGAAACAAAAGCUGAUGGAGAGGACUGUGGAGGACUAGAACCAGCCAGGAACUCACAUCCACUUUUACAACCAGAGACUGAAGACCAGACUGCAGACUCUUCUGAACCUGAGACUGAUGAUAGUGCUGAUUGGAAGGAGACCAGAGAACCUCAGUCAGCUUUAAAUUCUCUGAAACAUUGUAGGAAAACAUUUAGCUGCUCUGAGUGUGGUAAAAGAUUUAACCGUGAGUCACAUUUGAAGAGACACAUGAUGACUCACACAGGAGAAAAACCUUUUAGCUGCUCAGUCUGUAAUAGAUCUUUUGCACAGAGUGGAGAUUUACAGAGACACAUGAGAACUCAUACAGGCGAGACGCCUUUCAGCUGCGCUGAGUGUGGUCAUCGAUUUAAACAGAAGUCAUCCUUGAUAAGUCACAUGACACUACACACGGGAGAGAAAAGACACGGGUGCAGUGUUUGUGACAAAAGAUUUAUCUGGCAUUAUCAGCUCAGGAUUCAUAAAUGUGUUGGUCGUAAGUCCUCACAGCUUCAUAAAAGAAAAACUCAACACAUGGAAACAGAAGCUGACAGAGACAACUGUGGAGGACCAGAACCAGCCAGGAACUCACAACCAGAGACUGAAGGACAGACUGUAGACUCUUCUGAACCAGAGGCUGAUGACAGUGCUGAUUGGAAGGAGACCAGAGAACCUCAGUCAGCUUUAAACUCUCUGAAAAAAGAUUCAAGACGUAAGAAAACAUUCGGCUGCUCGGAGUGUGGGAGAAGAUUUGGCCGCAGUACACACCUAAGGAGACACAUCAAAACUCAUACGGGAGAAAAACCUUUUAGCUGCUCAGUUUGCAAGAAAUAUUUUACACAGAGUGGAAGUUUGCAGAGACACAUUAGAAUCCACACAGGAGAAAAACCUUAUUGCUGCUCAGUGUGCGGAAAAAGAUUUAUACAGAAGUCCCAGCUGACAAACCACGCGGCAGUUCACACAGGGGAGAAAAGAUACAGCUGCAGUUUUUGUGAUAAAAGAUUUGCCUGGCCAGAAAAGGUCAAAAGACAUAAAUGUGUCGGUCGUCAGUUACAUCAGAGUCAAACUGAGGAGAAGAGAGAGGCAGACAAAGCCAGGAACUCACAUUCACCACCAGUUUUACAACCAGAGACAGAAGACCAGACCAGAGACAUUUCUGAACCUGAGAUGUAUGACAGUGCUGACAGGUUUCAGUCAGCAGCUGAACUGAACAGGCAAAAACAUCUUGUAUGA